UUAUUUAAUGUUUAAAAUGAAAAACAAAUAACCAUGUCUUUUAUGGUUUUUCUUACUGGUCUCUGAUUAGUUACCAAUAUCUUCCCAUUUCUUAUUCCAUCCUGUUUUUUCAGCUAAGCGUGAUCAGGUUUUUGUAUAGUUCAAAAUGGCGACUAUGAAGAGGCUUCUGCUGAUGUUUUUUUAGAACCCAUCACCAACUCAAUAUUCAUCCAAUGUGUUAGAACGCUUCAUCUUCUGUCCUAACAGCAACAGAAAAUACCAAACCGUUUGUUUUGUGUAUGUGUAAAUUAUAUUCAUACUAAAGCAAUGCUGAAGCAGAAAACCAAACUUAUUAAACAUAGUUUAGUAUUCAGUGUAAAUUUAAAAGGUGUAGUUCCACAUUUCCAUUAUGAGUGGUUUCCUCUGUGCAAGGAGUCUGACUCAGGGGAUCCCAGUUUUGUUCUCAGAAGAAUGUUCAAACCACCAGAGGUGGUCAGCUAAAGUUCAUCCCAGAGACAUCCGUUUUGAGUCAGUCACCAUCCACAUCUGCUCCCUGGUUCUGUUUUCGGUGGGAGUCUAUCAGCUCCUGGUCCAAAUAGAGACAAUUCCAGCACAAACUUAUGAAGUUGGGACAUUUGUGCUGCUGUGCGAUCCUUGGCUGAGAGAUGAUCCGGUAUACAUGCCACAGAAGGCAAGCAUAGAGGAGUAUGUUAAGAGUGAUUAUGGACUGGUGUACAUGGGCAGUUGUCAAAAUGUACAGAGUCGUGUGUUUGGAUUUGAGCAGUAUGACCCGGGAGUUCUGGAGGCAUGUCUGGCGCUACUGCAAGUCAGCCCACAGCACCAAGACAACAACCACGAAGACUACAUCUCACGAGCAAACCCUGUGCACCUCUCUCUGGUCAUCUGUGCCAUGGUAAAUGCCAAUGAUGAUUUGGGAAUUCUGCUUGGAAAAUGGGAGCAUGACUACCGUGACGGUGUCAAGCCAACAGCUUGGACCGGAAGGGCUAAAAUCCUCCAACAAUGGCUCUCAUCCAAAUUCAAGCCUGCGCGAUACAGGCAAUGCCUGGUCUUUGCAUCGGUCCUCUGCAUCGUUAUGAGAGUUCUGGGGAUUCCCUCCAGGAAGGUGGUGACAGUUUUCAAUGCAGCCCAUGACACUGAUGCCAACACCACCAUUGAAGAGUACUACACAACCAACGGGGAGAAGCGGUUGUCCAGAGACAGCAUUUGGAACUUCCAUGUAUGGGUGGACUGCUGGAUGAGGAGAUCGGACCUCAGUCCAGGAUUUGAUGGUUGGCAGGUUGUUGACCCAACACCGCAAGAGUGGAGUCAAGGAAUAUUCCGAUGCAGUCCGUGUCCGGUUGCUGCCAUCCGUGAACGCUGCUUUUCCGUGAAGUUUGACACCCCGUUCCUUUACGCCUCUGUUGACGGAGACAUCCGUUGUCUUAUUUUGCACAAUGGGGUUGUGGUUGGGCAAAAGGUGGACACUGGGACUGUGGGACAGCUUAUAUGCACCAAAAGCGUCAACUCAGAUGCUCUAAAUUCUUAUAUCUGUCUUUGUUUAAAUGCUCUUGCUGUCUUUUUCAGAAAUGCAAAGACAUUUUUUUUUCAUCUCUCUUUUUUCUCAAAGUCUCCUUCAGCUCACACUCAGCUGCAGACACUAGGGUAUGCAGGACGUCUCCUUGUUCUCUGCAGAUGUCCCUGUUGGGUGGGUUUCCUUCAUCCAGGCGAGAAGAUAGAGAAGAAAGUGUCCGUCAAGGCCACUUCACAUGGAACUAAGCUGCUAGUAGCUACUUUGUCACACAGCAACAACUACAUCACUGUUUCCAAGAGUUACCACAAAGUUUCUGUCAGGGCCCCAUGAUUAUGAAUCUAUUUUACCAAGCUCAACUCAAAUCAAAAUGUCUAAAUUCACUUAAUUAGAAUAUUUUAAAUAUUUGUAUAAAAAUUGUAUUUGUGUAGCUUUUUAAUAACAUAACACAAGAUAUAUGGCAUUCAAUUCACUGAUGAAACAAGAUAUUCGAAUAAUAAAUGGACCAUUGAUACUCAGCUGUUAAAAUACAAGGCAUUUACUAAUUCAAAUGAGUAAUUUUUAAAAUUUUAUCCCUACACAAUUUUGAACAGAGCAAUAAUAGUGUGCAGUCACAGGGGGAUGUUACAAGUGACUAUAAAUACCCCAGACAUUAAGAAGUAUCAAAUCACCUGUAAAGGUUAAGAGUCAGGCAGAAGAACAAACAAACUCUUAAAGGAAAGUCUGAAACUCUGAAGUUUGGUUCUAUUCAUUGAUUUUGAGCAGUAAAUAGUCAAUUAUCUUUGCAUUUUUACUUCAAAGGUUUUAUUUAGAGUUUAAGCUGUUUUAGAUGGCUUAAGGUUUACAGCACAGCAGCCUUUCUUGCUUGCUUAUCCUUGUGUUUCCACUUCAGUCACCAGGACAAAAAAGAAAUGACAGGUUCAAAAAUGAAGCCAAAAGAAGUCCCUGGAUAGGUGGUGGUACUCUUCAUUUGCCAAGGAUUUUUUGUUGUUGUUUUUGAUUGAGGUGGGAGUGUGCUGAGCAUGUUUGUUAGUUUUUUUCUUAUUUUAAUUUAGUCACGCUUGUAUAAAAUAGUGAAAUGGAUGAAUGGAAUAUUUAAUAAAUUAAAAUUAAAUCUUUAAAUUCUGUUAUUUUCCAUUUUCAGUUUUCUAUUUCCACAUAUUUCAGACUGUUUCACAUGGAGGGUAAUACCACAUUUUUCCAAACAGAUGUGCAUUUUGGAGUCUCAACUUCAAUCUGAGAGAAACUGUGGAGCGAGCGAAAGAUUAGGGUGAUGGCAAAAGGCUUUCCAACUUCUAAGACUUGGAGAUAAAUCCUCAAAGAUUCAGGCGAAAAGCUGCUCAGCAUUUAUUAAAACCAUUUGGUUGCUGUAAUGCUAAUAAAUAUUUUUCACUUGAUUAAGGAAAAUAAUACAAACAACUUUUGAGAUGCUAUUUUUGUGCAAAUGUAAAUAAAAACAAAAAAGUAUUUUCACUUUAUAUCCCUUUUUUAUUACUAGGUAUAAACAAACUUUAUAAAAAUAACUUUAAAUCAAAAUCUUUCAGAGGCACACUUUAAUAUUUUGGUUGAUGUAACAAAGCUGAUUUACAAUUUAGAUUUUUUGCAACUAGGUGUCACUAUUCCCUAAAAUUUCAAAUACAGUGGCCUUCAUUCUACUUGUCUUCGAUUUAAGUCUGUUAUUUUAGAGCUAGUCUAUAUUUCAAGACGGCAACAAAAACCAGAAUGACAUGCAGCCCAGGUCCACUCAGCCAAGAGAGAAACCAUUUUAAUCAACAUGAUAGGCAGCCUUUGGCCACUCAGCAAUUUCAUCCUCCUUGUUACCAAUAUAUCAAUGCAUAGCUUAAGCAUCAUAAUGAGUCUUGAUUAAAAUCAAUAAAUCCUACAUUUCUUGUAAUCCAACCUAUAAUGCGACAGGCUUCUCUGCCUAAUGAAUAAGUGGUUCCUCUGUGAAGCCUGGAAUUAAAUUUUUCAAGUCCUCUGUGCCACUUUGUGUGAUUCCUCAACUUAAAAUAAAAGCAUGUAUAAUUAA